AUGGAAGAAGAACAAAUAAAAAAUAUCUCCAUAAACGAUGAAGAAGAUAUAGUAGAUCCAUGGAAUGUAUCAACCAAAUGUGAAACAGGGCUUGACUAUGAUAAAUUAAUAAAGCGAUUUGGAAGUCAAAAAAUAGAUCAAGAACUUAUAGACAAGUUUGAACGAGUCACUGGAAAGAAAGCACAUCACUUUUUAAGGCGCGGCAUAUUCUUCUCUCACAGAGACUUGCACAGUAUUCUGAAUCUGCAUGAAACUGGACAAAAAUUUUAUUUAUACACUGGACGAGGGCCCUCUUCUGAAAGUAUGCAUAUUGGACAUAUGAUACCAUUCAUGUUUACAAAGUGGUUACAAGAAGUGUUCAAUGUUCCACUUAUUAUUCAGCUGACAGAUGAUGAAAAGGCCAUGUGGAGGGAUAUCAAAGUUGAAGAUGCUCGCAAGAUGGCUCAUAGCAAUGCCAAAGAUAUUGUUGCAGUAGGAUUUGAUCCAGCUAAUACAUUUAUGUUUAAUGACUUAGACUUUAUUGGACAGUGUCCAGCUUUCUACCAGAAUAUGGUGCGGAUACAGAAGUGUGUGACAUUUAAUCAAGUAAAGGGAAUAUUUGGCUUUGGUGAUUCAGAUGUCAUUGGUAAAAUUACGUUUCCAUCAAUAGAGGCAGCACCAGCCUUCUCAACAACCUUCCCUUUUAUAUUUGGUGACAAAGUUGUGCCGUGCCUUGUGCCCUGCGCCAUCGACCAGGACCCAUACUUCCGGAUGACCAGAGACGUCGCCGCCCGCCUCAAGCUGCCGAAGCCAGCCCUCGUCCACUCGACAUUCCUGCCCGCGCUCCAGGGCGCUCAACACAAGAUGUCCGCCAGCGAUCCCAACGCCUCCAUAUUCCUCAACGACACCCCCAAACAGAUUAAGAACAAGAUUAACAAGUACGCAUUCUCCGGUGGUCAAGCGACUGUCGAGGAGCACAGGCAGAAAGGUGGUAACACUAAUGUGGACAUAUCUUUUAAGUAUUUGUCCUUUUUCCUCGAGGAUGACAAUGAGUUGGCUGAGAUAAAGAAGUUGUACGAAUCUGGUGAAAUGCUGACGGGCGAAUUGAAGAAAGUCGCCAUUGAUACAAUAACCCCGAUCAUCCAAAGCUAUCAGGCGCGAAGGGCUAAAGUUACCGACGAGGUCAUGCAGGAGUUCUUCAAGAUAAGACAGAUUGUUGUG